ACCGAGGGGCUAUAACAUCGACCCGGAUGGUGAUCUGCGCAUCGUUAUAUCCCACAAUUCCUUUUUCCGUCGUCCUCUUUCCCUUCGGCCGCAAUGUCUAAGAGAGGACGUGGUGGGUCAUCUGGAGCAAAGUUCCGCAUCUCACUGGGUCUCCCAGUGGGUGCGGUUAUUAACUGCGCUGACAACACAGGGGCCAAAAACCUGUACAUCAUCUCUGUGAAGGGCAUCAAGGGUCGUCUGAACAGGCUGCCCGCUGCUGGAGUGGGUGACAUGGUGAUGGCAACAGUGAAGAAAGGCAAGCCAGAACUCAGAAAAAAGGUGCAUCCUGCGGUGGUGAUACGGCAGCGGAAGUCGUAUCGACGAAAAGACGGCGUCUUCCUUUACUUUGAAGACAAUGCGGGGGUCAUAGUAAACGUCAAAGGAGAAAUGAAAGGUUCUGCCAUCACAGGUCCUGUGGCCAAGGAAUGCGCGGAUCUGUGGCCGAGGAUCGCAUCCAACGCUGGAAGCAUAGCCUGAGUUGACCCGACACGUCUUGUUUUCAAUAAAAACUGUUGUAAAGUC